AAAACCCGGACGACUGGGAGUACUUUCAGUUUCUGUCCGUUCUCUGGGAACUAGUUGGGACGUGCGCUGUCAUCAUCCGACGUGAAGAACCUUUUAUUUCUCUGCGAAGCUGCUGUCAGCAGAUCGCAGCGGGGCGCCAUCCAAUCCGAACCCGGGGCCGUUCGAGUGGACGACCCGCGCCCCCUGAGCUCGUCUCCAACCAGCAACAGGCCGAUCUCAGCGGAGAAGGAAAUGGAUUUUCAGCGGCGUCUGUUGGACGUAUCGAAGGCGCUGUCCACAGAAGACGUGAAGGCUUUAGCGUUCCUGUGCACGGACCUGCUCCGCCGAACCCUGAACCCGGCGGACUCGGCCAACGAGCUCUUCGUCCGCCUGCAGGAGCAGGACCUGCUGUCCGAGGAGCGGCCGCAGCUGCUGACGGAGCUGCUCGUCACCUUACGACGCAGCCGGCUCGUCUCGGAGCUCAACCUCAGCAACCGAGGGGCGGCAGCGAGCGGCCUCGUGACUCCGUACAGGAAGCUGCUGUACGAGCUGUCAGAGGAGAUCACGGAUGAAGGCCUGGGGGAGAUGAAGUUCCUGUUACGCAACACGCUGAAGCGUCGAGCGCUGGAGGACAAUUGUACUACGUUGGACGUCUUCCUGGAGAUGGAGCGCACGGACCACCUCAGCGACAGCAACCUGGACGAGCUGAAGGAGAUGCUCCAGGUCAUAUGUCCCGUGCUGAGAGAAAAGAUCGAGCAGUUCAAGGCGCAGCAGGUGUGUGAAACUCACCAUAUAGCGCAAGAGAGUAAAGAACCAAUGUGUUCAUCCUUAAUAUCAAACCAGGGAUCACUGUCUCCAUGUCUUGAGCUGAAUCCUCCAGGGAACCAUCAUAGUGUUACAUGUGCUGAUGAUGAUAAUGACAACGUGGUAGAGCAGUUCAGUAGUUUACGCACUGGAACAGAACCGUUUACCCGCUCCACAAUCGGAUCAGAUGCUUUGCCCGCAUCAUCCACUGAGGAAGAGAUCCUGGUCAGCACUGAGAGCAAAAGAAAAAAAACAGAGGGUUUACAGUCAUAUGCCAUGAAUGCAGCAACGAGAGGCGUCUGCUUGAUAAUUAAUAACUACAACUUCAAAAAAACAGGAAUUCUCUCAAACCGCGAGGGGACCAAGAUCGACGAAGAGUGCCUUGUUAAGGUGUUUACGUGGCUGGGCUUUAAAACAGAAGUACAUCAUGACUGUACCAGCGGACAGAUAAAGAACUUAGUUCAAGAUCUUGGCAGGAGAGAUCACAGUGCGAUGGACAGCGUGGUGUGCUGCAUCCUGAGCCACGGGAAGGAGGGAAGCGUGCUGGGUGUGGACGGCAUACCUGUCGAGUUCACGGACCUCCGUGAACCCUUAAAAGGAUAUAAUUGCUAUUCUUUGGCAAAAAAACCCAAGAUGUUCUUCAUUCAGGCCUGCCAGGGCACUGAUAACCAGCGGCCUGUCUGGGUGGAGGCAGACGGCCCCGCAGACAGUUCUGUCUGUUGUGAUGCUGUCAAAGUGAAACCCAUCCCAGCUGAUGCUGACUUCCUGUUUGCAAUGUCCACUGUUCCUUCCUGUGUCUCCUUCAGAGAUAAGACGGCUGGCACCUGGUUCAUGCAGUCAUUGUGCAAAAACCUUGUUGACAUGGUGCCCAGGGGGUCUGACCUCGUGUCCAUUCUGACAAAAGUGAAUGCAGAUGUGAGCCGGAUGACAGAUAGUUGUGGUGUACGAAAGCAGAUGCCUCAACCACAGUUUACACUCACAAAGCUAGUGGUCUUCCCACUGCCCAAAGCUGCUCCUCCCAACCUGCCGUUUGUCUGAUCGUCUCAUAGACCAUAGAUCUGUUUAUUCUUUUAGGUUUUCUAUGACAUGGUUUUAAUCCACUGUUUAUAUAUCACCUUGGUGCAAUAGUCAAAGUAAAGUGUCUUUAUUAAUUUCACUGUCAAACUGAAUAUUUAAAUAUUUUUUUAUUAGAUCUUAAAAUGAAAUGUAUGAUCAACCAGAAAAUACAGCAUUUGGAUAAAUUUUGUUUUAUUGUAAUUUUAUACGGAUGUUGGAGGGCCAAUUAAACAUUUUUUGUGAGUACAUUACAGUAUUCACAACAUAUUGAGUACGUUUAUUUCAUCCAACUGAAUACUGUGAAAUGAUCCUAAUAGCACACACUAACAAAUAAAGCCAUCACUUAUUGUUA